UUUUCCAUGUCUUAUUUCUACUUACUUCUAAUAUUUAUUUAAGCUAAAUUUUUAUGAACUUAGAUAAUUUUUAUUCUUACUUUCUUUAUUAUGUUCAGUUUUUAAACGAAUUGCGAUUACUUUUUACAUGCAAGAUUGCCAAGUAUUUAGUUUGCUGAAGAGCUGAAUUUAUUCACUUAAAAAAUACCCCAAAAAAAAAAUAUGUUGAAUUGGGUUUUAUUUUAGCUUUUUCAUUCUUUAUGGUGCCAAAAGAUUAUGCUGAAACUUUUUUUAGUUAAUCUUUGCUUUCUUGUAAAUUGGCUGAUGAUAUAUUGAUAUAUUUACAUUUGAAUGUUUGUCCAAUUUUCUGUGCUUCUGCAUCAUAAAUAUGAAAGUUAAGGGCUUAAUUAGCCUUUUGCAAUAUAAUUAUAUGUUUCCUCAGGUUGCCUAGAGCGAGGCGAUGAAACUGUUUGAUGCACAUUGUCACCUCCAAGACCCGAGGAUUUUUAGCCUCGCCCCACGAUUAAUCCGUUCGUCUCUUGAUACCGGCAUUGCCCACUUCGCGGUCAAUGGGGUUUCAGAGAAGGACUGGCAUUUGGUUAAGCAGAUGAGUGAGUCUUAUCCUUCUGUUGUUCCUUGUUUUGGUGUUCAUCCGUGGUUUGUUCCUGAGAGGACGACGAACUGGUUUACCCUUUUGAGACAGUUUUUUGAGUCUACACCUACUGCAGCUGUUGGGGAGAUUGGUUUAGAUAAAGGGUCGCGGGGUAAACAGAUUGAUUUUGAUGAUCAGGUUGAAGUAUUUAGGAAACAGCUAGAAUUAGCAAAAGAACUGAAAAGGCCGGCUUCUGUUCAUUGUGUCCGCGCUUUUGGUGACCUUCUUGAUGUGAUGAAGGCAACUGGGCCUUUUCCUGAUGGUGUAAUUCUUCAUUCUUACUUAGGGUCUGCUGAGAUGGUCCCUGAAUUAGCAAGGCUUGGUGCUUAUUUCUCUUUGUCUGGAUUUCUUAUGUCAAUGAAAUCACAAAAGGCAAAGAAGAUGCUGAAGGCAGUGCCUUCUGAUAGAAUCCUGCUCGAGACUGAUGCACCUGAUGCCCUGCCUAAGUCGAAUUUGGGUGACUUGUACUUUGUGGAAGGUGAUCCUUCCCUUCCUCCUGAACUUCAGGCACUAGGAGAGAAUCCACAUUGGAGGGCUAACAGUAACGUGUUAGAAGUUGAGAAAGAAACACCAGAAUUGCCAAAAGAAAUGCUGAAUCAUCCGGCUAAUAUUCAUAAUGUACUUACCUAUGUGGCUUCUCUGCUCGAGAUGAGUAAAGAAGAACUUGCAGGAUUAAGCUACUCAAAUGCAAUUCGCCUGUUCUCUUAUGAAGGUUCUAAAGUACCCCAAGAAGAUAACACUGAAGGUCUUGUUUUGGAGUAAACAGUGGAAAAUCGAAUCUCUCGUCUGCAUCACAAACUACUCAAGAUCUGUGUCAAAUGUUCGGCCAACAAUUGUGGCACCUGCCCUUCGCUGCCAAUUCCAUGUCGCAUACAUACAUGUCUUGAGUGUGGUGUCAUCUGUGCUGUUGCUCUCUAUAAUUGUCGACAUCGUCUUGUGGAUGUGGUUGUACUUGUAUUAAGAUCUCUUUGUAAAAGGAUGUAUGGAACUUCUUUUCACUCCACAAUGAGGUAUACAAGAGAUGUGUAAAAUCUGUAAAUAUGUUUAAUUGACAGCUAAAUGUUGUCCUAUUAUUUGGCUAAUUUGAUGAGUAC